AUGAAGAUGAUCCCUUGGGGUGGUCUCAGUUGCUGUUUGAGUGCUGCUGCUCUUUACCUUCUCGGCAGAAGCAGUGGCAGGGAUGCGGAAAUUCUUAAAUCCGUCACGAGGGUCAAUCAGUUGAAGGAACUAGCACAACUGUUAGAUGCAGAAAUAUUACCCUUGAUUGUUACAAUUUCUGGAAGAGUUGGCUCUGAAACCCCAAUUAACUGCGAGUUCAGUGGUUUAAGAGGUGUAAUAGUUGAAGAAACAGCAGAACAACAUUUUCUUAAACACAAUGAUGCUGGUUCCUGGAUACAAGAUUCUGCUUUAAUGCUAUCAAUGAGUAAAGAGGUUCCUUGGUAUCUGGAUGAUGGGAGUGAUCGUGUGCAUGUGGUUGGAGCUCGGGGUGCCACUGGUUUUGCAUUACCUGUUGGAAGUGAGGCAUUUGAAGAGUCGGGUCGGUCACUUGUACGUGGAACAUUGGAUUAUCUCCAAGGUCUCAAGAUGCUUGGGGUCAAGAGAAUUGAACGGGUACUUCCAAUUGGAACUUCCUUGACUGUUGUUGGUGAGGCUGCUAAAGAUGAUGUUGGGUCCAUUCGAAUUCAGCGACCCCACAAAGGGCCAUUUUAUGUUUCUCCCAAAACGAUUGAUCAACUUAUUGCAAAUCUGGGGAAAUGGGCAAGGUGGUAUAAGUAUGCUUCUAUGGGCUUGACAGUGUUUGGUGCUUAUCUGAUAGCCAAGCAUGCUAUUCGGUACAUAUUGGAAAGACGGCGCCGGAACGAAAUACAAAGAAGGGUUCUUGCUGCAGCUGCGAAAAAGUCGGGACCAAAUAAUGAUGUUGAAAAGGCCGACAGCUUAUCAGAUGGUACUAAAAGGGAUCGCUUAAUGCCAGAUUUGUGCGUCAUAUGCCUCGAGCAGGAAUAUAAUGCUGUUUUUGUUCCGUGUGGCCAUAUGUGUUGCUGUACAGCUUGUUCUUCACACUUGACCAAUUGUCCUCUUUGCCGGCGACAGAUAGAGAAGGUUGUAAAGACUUUCCGUCAUUGA